CAGAGGUGAGCAAGUGGAAGCGUUCCGAUUUUUUGAGGUUAAGAUGUUCGUCAAACUACUCCUCCUCGCUUUUGUGGGGAUCAGUACUGCUUAUCAGUACGACUACCAAAGCGAGUUCGCCUACAACCGACCGGAGAACAAAACUGGCUAUGAGUAUGGUGCCUGGGAACCAAAUCGUGAAUAUGUCUACAAUGUUACUUCCAAGACGAUGACAGCGCUGAACGAUCUCGAUGAUCAGUGGACCGGAAUUGUUUCACGAGCUUAUCUAGUGAUACGCCCAAAAGAUCCCGAAUACGUAGUUGCCCGUGUCCAGAAUGCAGAAUAUGCCGUCUUUAAUCAGCGUCUACCUCAGGGAUACCGUACUGAGAUGUGUCGGCAGAACCUGCAGUACAAACCAUACCCGAUGAGCUCCAAGCCAUUCGGUAUCCGUUAUCACAAGGGAGUGAUCAAGGGUCUAUAUGUAGAGCAAACCAUUCCUAACAAUGAGGUUAAUAUCCUGAAGGCAUGGGCAAGCCAGUUCCAGCUGGAUUCCUAUGGAACCCAUAAGAUGAACUCUAAAUACAACCAGUUCCCGGAGAACAACUCUUUCACCGGAGUAUACAAGGUUAUGGAGCCAGUCGUAACCGGCAAUUGUGAAACCCUGUACGAUGUUAAUGCUGUUCCGGAAUACAUCACCCAAUCAAAUCCGGAAUGGGCUCCGAAACCGGAGUACCGCGAAAAUGGUCAAUACUACUUUGAAGUCAUGAAGACUCAGAACUUUGAUAACUGCAAGCAGCGCAUGGGAUACCACUUCGGUUUCAGUGGUGAGAGCGACUUCAAACCGAAUACCAACCAGAUGGGUAAUGUUGCCUCGAAAUCUGCUGUGUCGCGCAUGUUCCUGUCCGGUAACUGGUACAACUACACCAUUCAAUCCUCCAGCACUACGAACAAGGUUGUGAUCGCUCCAUCAUUGGUCAACCAAGAGAAGGCCAUGGUCUAUUCGAAGGUCAAGGUUUCGCUCAAUAAAGUGUCCGCUUAUGAAAGGACUCCAGAAGGCCCAGCCGAUGAUCGCCAGGUCUUUGUCGAUCUGGUCUACAGCUACAACAUGGCCAGCGAUAAGCAGAAUAGUGUCCGUCCAGGAAACGAAACUGAUUCUUCCUCUUCAUCCUCGUCGUCAUCAUCAUCAUCUUCGUCGUCUUCGUCAUCAUCGGAAUCAUCCUCUUCGUCCUCUGAGUCCAACUCGUCAAACUCUUCGGAUUCAUCCAGCUCCAGCUCGGAAUCCCAGGAGAACCAAAAGCGUAGCCCGGCAGAAAACUACGCUAACAAAGUCGACGCAGUGGAAAAGCGAGGUAACCGACAACGUCGCGAUCUCAAUGCUUCCAAGGAAAAGAAAUAUUAUCAAGCUUAUAAGAUGGACCAGUAUCGGUUGAGCCGAACGAACGACACCUCCUCUGAUUCGAGCAGCUCGGAUGAUUCUUCGUCCAGCUCUUCAGAAUCCAACGAACAAAAUAACGGAAAGAAGAACAACUCUUCAUCCUCUUCUUCAUCGUCUUCUUCAUCAUCUUCUUCGUCAUCAUCAUCUUCUUCAUCAGAUUCCUCUUCGUCAUCCUCCUCGUCCGAGUCGAACUCUCUGGACAGCGACGAAGCCUACUACCAACCGGUCCCGGAAAGUUUCAAGGAAGCUCCGCAGACUCCAUUCCUACCUUUCACCACCGGCUACAAGGGAUACAGUGUGCAAUACGCCCAAAACUUCGAUGGAUCCAAGGCCAUCUACAAACUUGUUCAGGAAAUUGCCGAAGAGUUGCAAAACCCGUCUUCGCUGCCGAAAUCUAACACCUUGAACAAAUUCAACAUUCUGUCCCGUGCUAUUCGCACCAUGAGCUAUCAGGAAAUCUACGAUGCCGCCCAGAAAUAUUUCGUGUCCCAGAAGGAACGCAACGAGGGAGACAACCAUAGCGAGAAAUUCAGCAAACGCGUUGAUGCCUGGAACACUUUCCGUGAUGCUUUGGCUGAAGCAGGAACUCCACCAGCUUUUAAGGUAAUCAAGGAAUACAUCGAAGAGAAGAAACUGCGGGGACCGGAAGCCGCAAGCGUUGUGGCUACUCUGCCUCAAUCCAUACGCUACCCAACGGAAGCUCUGAUGCAUGAGUUCUUCUUGCUGGUUACCUCUGACACUGUUCAACAUCAGGAUAGCCUGAACGUAACCGCACUUAUUUCGUUCACUAAGUUCGUGAACCGUGCACAGGUCAACAACCGCUCGGCUUACAACUAUUAUCCAGUAUAUAGCUUCGGACGUCUAUCGGAUUCGGAUUAUAAAAUUGUUGGCCAUAAGAUCGUCCCCUGGCUUGCUCAUCAAUUGCGAGAAGCUGUCAAUGCUGGAGACAGUAUCAAGAUUCAGGUCUACACUCGUGCCCUCGGAAACCUCGGACAUCCAGAAAUUUUGAACGUUUUCGAACCUUAUCUGGAAGGUAAGAUCCGUGUCAGUGACUUCCAACGUCUUGCUAUGGCGGUUGCUUUGGAUGAACUAGUUGAGAACUAUCCGAAGCUGGCUCGUUCUGUUCUGUACAAGAUGUAUCAAAAUACCGGAGACAUCCAUGAGAUCCGUAGUGCAGCUGUUUUUCUGUUGAUGCGCACACAACCUCCGGCUGAGAUGCUCCAGCGUAUGGCUGAAUACACCCAUAACGAUCCUAGCCAGUACGUACGGGCAGCUGUCAAAUCUGCCCUGGAGUAUGCGGCCGAAGCUGAUCAAUACGACGACGAUAAUGAGUUUGCCGAGAAUGCCAAAGCCGCUUAUAAACUGUUGAGUCCGGAAGUUUACAGUCUGCAGUACUCUUCUGCUUACAUCCGUGACUACGCUAUGGAAAAUCUGGAUCUAUCUUAUCGCAUGCAUAUUGCUCAAAUUGCUUCUGACGAUCAUUACAUGCCAAAUGGUUUCCUGUAUCAUCUGCAUGAGAACUUUGGAGGUCUGAAGCGUUACACUAGCUGGUACUAUCUGGUCUCGAGCAUGGAAACCUUCUUCGAUCUUUUGGAUAAGCAGUACGAUACAUCAAGCAUUCAGGAUGACUACAAAUCGGCCGACUACUACUACAAGUAUUACAAACAGUUCCCGAACAGGAAGAGCGAAUACUUCGACAAGUACUUCAAGUCACAUGGUCCACAGAGUGAUUAUUACCAGCAAUACAGUAAGAACCAGAACGGGUAUAGCGAAAAGGAACCGCAGCCGUGGUCGACAACUCGGAUUGCGAAGCUGUUGAACAUUGAUCCAGAGGAAGCCCAGGAGUUGGAGGGACAAUUCUUUAUGCAACUGUUUAACGGAGAAUACUUCUACGCUUUCAAUAAUCAAACUAUUGAACGCAUCCCACGGCAGAUGAAGGAGCUCGCUGAAGAUCUGGAAGAUGGUAUGACCUUCAAUAUGACCAAGUUCUAUCAGCAAGGGGUCGCCACUCUUGCAUUCCCGUUGGCUUCCGGUUUUCCUUUUGUGUACUCCCUGAAGACACCAACCGUUGUGAAGUUCGAGACCGAAGCUACAGUUAAGAGUCAUCCAGCUAUUUACCAGAGACCUGGUGGUCAUCCGGAAACCGAAAAUGAAGAGUACGUCCACUUCCCGCGCACCGUCAAUGGUUCGGUUGACGUGAACAUGCUGUACCAUCGUCUGAUUGACGCAAAGGUCGGGUUCAUUACUCCUUUCGAUCAUCAGCGUUACAUCGCUGGUUAUCAGAAGAAGUUCCAGGGUUACCUUCCGUUGAGCUUUGAUUUCGAUUUGGACUUCGAGAAUGAUGAAUACGAGUUCGAGUUCGAAUUCCUUCAGCCCAAGGAAGAUCAACUGCUGUUCCAUUUGAGCUCAUGGCCGUACACUGGAUACAAGGACAUCACUGACAUACGACCAAUCGCUGAAAACCCGAACGCAAGAAUCGUUCACGAUGAGGAGCAAACGACCAAGACUUACGAACAAACCGUGGGAGAUAAGAUGACUGGUGUGGCUCUGCGCCUGCAUGCCAAGUACGAUAGCGAUUUCUUGAACUUUGGACGUUUCUAUGAAAUGAUUCAGGAGCACGAUUAUGCCUCGGCUCUGAUGUAUCCAUUCGCGUCGCAGACCUAUCACUACCAUCAGUUCAAUGUGUACUACGAUUCACAGCGUAGCUCUGCCAAGACCAUGAAAUUCGUGGCCCACUAUAAGGAAGGAGAUUUCGAUCAGGAUUUCAAGGAAUCCGAUGUCAAGCAUCCGAAGGGACGGCACGCGUAUUCUGGAUACUAUAACGAGAAUAACUACGCUCAACCAAUCGUGUUCAGUCCAGGUAGCCAGCGUCGUCAGGAACAGUUUAUUAAGAAUGCCGCUGCCGGAAUCAGAAACAGUGAUGCAGCAGUUUACGACUUUGGAUUCACUUUUGAGGGUCAUCAACAGAAGAGCGAGUUCAUCUUCACUGCUGCAUACGCCGAUAGUCCGGUUGAUGAGAAGUCUCGCUAUUUGUUCUUCUUCUCGGGCAGUCCCUACAGUCAGUCGAACAAGCAGUUCCAGAUGUGCUUCUCCGCCCAGAAUGAAUUCCCGAAUGUUCCAAAAUUGAACUUCAUUAACGCGCUGAACUACGACGCUAGCUCUUCGAUGCGCUACGAAUUGGCCUACGGUGAGCGUUGCCAGGGAGGAGCUCAGAUCUCGAUGAAGGGUAAAAUACAGCAGUCGGAUGAGUACCGUCAUUACCUGCGCAUCUCGAACGUCGGUCAACAGUGCAAGGAACAGAUGGAUCGCGGCUACUAUCAACUGGCAGAAUGUCAGAACGCUACCCGUCAAGCUAACUACCUGGAUCAGUAUCAGUUCAACUUCGAGUUCAAGAAUGUCGACUCGUAUGCAAAGGAUUGGGCCUAUAGUGUUGCUGAAUAUUUCCAAUACAAGACCUACCCGUACUUCUCGCCAAACUAUUUCUACAAGGGCAAGAGUAACCAGUAUCAGUUUAACUUUGAGAUGGCUCCCUACGGAGAUUACUUCAACGCUUCGUUCUAUGCUCCAGAAUAUGCUUUUGAAAUUGAAAACUAUCCGGUCGAGAACUACUACGCUCGGUACUUCGCUGCUAUGCACCCGGAUAUGGACUACUAUGAACGUCUUGCCAGCUAUGCCUACCGCGGAAACUAUCAACCUUCCUGCGCUGUAUCCAGCAAGUACAUUGAUACUUUCGAUGGAUACACAUACGAUUACGAAAUGGGAGAAUGCUGGCAUGCGGUGCUGCACACGGUGAAGCCAAAUUACGAAUACUACGCUCAGCAGUCGCACUUCUAUAAUGCCGACAGCGAGUACCGCUUCAAGAAUGGAUUCAAUGAGGACGAACAGAUUACCAUUUUGACUCGCUCUGGGCCUAAUAAGGAACUGUACUUCAAGGUUGUUCUUGGACAGUACAAACAGAACGACUACAACAUCGACAUCAUCCCUAACGGUUCCGAACAGCCGCAAGUCUACCUCAACGGAAAGCCUCAACAAAUCCACGAGAAGUACGCCGUUGAGAUGUACACCGGUGAUCAAAACGACCAGCCUCUGUUCCGUGCCUACGCUCUGCCUGGAAAGGAGUUGGAGAUUAGCAUCCGCGAUGACGACAUCAAGAUUGUGUUCGAUGGUUAUCGCGCUCGUAUCUACGCUGACCAGUCGUACUACGACAACUUCGUCGGUCUGUGCGGAACUAACAAUGGCGAAAGUUACGACGACUACGUUUCACCCAACCAGUGCUACAUGAAGAAUCCGGAAUACUUCGCGGCUUCCUAUGCCAUCACCGGUCAGAACUGUUCGGGACCAGCCAAGGCUUACAACAUUGCCUACCAGCAGCAGUCGAAGCAGGAAUGCUACAAGCGCGAAUACUACUACGGAAACAUCAUCAGCGAGCAGGAAGCCGGUCGCAAGCGUUAUCGCUACUACAACCACUACGUCAACGAUGAUAGCUCAUCGUCUUCGUCGUCGUCUUCCUCCUCGUCAUCUUCCUCGUCGUCUUCCUCAUCAUCGUCUGAAUCAAACUCCGACUCUAACUCCAGCUCCAGCUCAUCGGAAGAGAAAGAAUAUCAACCGCAUCAGCAGCGACACACCGAAAAACAGUGCGACAUUCAGCGCCAGCAUCAGAUCAUCGAGCAGGGUGGCAAGAUCUGCUUCACAAUGCGCCCCCUGCCGGCAUGUCCCGGCAAGUGCGUUGCAUCCGCAAAGACCGCCAAAUACUUUGACGUGCACUGCCGUGAUGCUAGCGAUAGUGCCGCUCAGCUGUUCAAGAAACAGAUCCUUCGCGGUGUCAACGUGGACCUGAGUGCCAAGAGCGUGUCCAAGACUGUCAAAUUUAACAUACCGGAGGCUUGCGUCUAUGCCGCCGCCUAGGUUGUAAUCUAUGUCGAUAAAUUAUUUAUGAUCUAAUAUAACAUUUAUAACAGCAUACAAAA